AUGGCUCCACUUAUCCUUUUACUCUUCAACGCUACCGCCACAUUUGCGCAAGAAAACACUACCGCCGCAAACACGCAAGAAGCUCCUGAUACUGCGGUAGCAGGGCAGAAACACAAUGUAGUCUUUAUCCUCACGGACGAUCAAGACCAGCGCAUGGACUCUCUCAGCCACAUGCCCAAGGUGCAAAAGCUUCUCAUCAAUGAAGGCACUCAUUACCAGCGACACUACGCACCGACCGCGCUCUGCUGUCCCGCACGCGUUAGUAUCUGGACAGGUCUCCAUGCACACAACCACCAAGUGACAAGCGUGAGUGGCAAAUGGGGCGGUUGGACUAAACUCGUAGAGCGAGGCUUGAACAACAAAUAUCUCCCGAUUUGGCUGAGGGAGCAUGGGUAUAAGACGUAUUAUUCGGGCAAAUUGUACAAUGGAAUGAGCGAGGAAAAUGGAAUUGAAAAGAUGACCGCGAAAGGAUGGACCGAAGCUGUACGUAUUGCGCCGCGCUCCAACCGAGGGCUGUCCAGGCUUUGA